CAACAAUUUUCCCUUUUACCGACCGAAAAAGUGCUACUUCCUUUUAUAUGGCGGACGUUGUGUUCGCUUGAUGUGUGAGACUAGUGAAAAAUAGAAUUAAGUUUUACAGAAAAUGUCGUUGGCCGCCGCGCGCCCCUUAGUGAGCGUGUACAAUGAGAAGUCCGAAGAAGUCAAGGGAGAGACCGUGGUCUUGCCGGCCGUUUUCAAGGCCCCCAUCAGGCCCGAUGUCGUCAACUUCGUCCAUCAACAGCUCUCGAUGAACCAUCGCCAAGCUUACUGCGUUAGUGACAAAGCAGGUCAUCAAACUUCGGCUGAGUCUUGGGGUACUGGACGUGCCGUGGCUCGUAUUCCUCGUGUCCGCGGUGGUGGUACCCACCGUUCCGGCCAGGGUGCUUUCGGCAACAUGUGUCGCGGGGGGCGCAUGUUUGCACCGACUAAACCAUGGCGUCGCUGGCACAGACGCGUCAAUGUUAACCAACGUCGAUAUGCUUUGGCUUCAGCUGUUGCUGCCAGUGGGGUACCGGCUUUGGUCAUGAGCAAGGGACAUGUUAUCGAUCAGGUGCCCGAGUUGCCUCUGGUUGUCUCCGAUAAGGUCCAAGAAUUGAACAAGACCAAGCAAGCCGUGCAGUUUUUGAGACGCAUCAAGGCGUGGGCUGACAUCCAAAAGGUUUACAAGAGCCAACGCUUUCGCGCUGGUAAGGGUAAAAUGCGUAACAGGCGACGCAUCCAACGUCGAGGUCCUUUGAUUGUUUACCACAAGGAUCAAGGAUUACGCCGCGCGUUCCGUAACAUCCCCGGGAUUGAUUUAAUCAGCGUUGAAAAACUAAACCUUUUGAAAUUGGCUCCUGGUGGUCAUGUUGGCCGCUUCGUCAUUUGGACCGAAUCUGCUUUCCAGAGAUUGGACAAACUUUUUGGAAGUUGGAAAACUGCAUCUGCUGAAAAGAAGGGAUAUAAUUUGCCUCAACCCAAAAUGGCCAAUACUGAUCUGGCACGUUUGUUGAAGGCUGAUGAGAUCAAGAAAGUUUUGCGUGUGCCACAGAAGAAGGUUGUUCGUCGUGUCCGCCGUUUCAACCCAUUGGCUAACACUAGGGCUAUGUUGCGUCUCAACCCGUACGCUGCGGUAUUGAAACGCGAAGCAAUUUUGUCAUCUCAGAAGCGCCAAGCUAGUAGGGAUGAAAUUUUGGCCAAGAAGAGGAAAAUAACUCUUCCGGAUACGUCACGUGUGGUCAGAUCCGCCAAAUUACAAGCUAGAAGGAGGCAAGCCAUUUUAAAGGCUAAAUCUAGCAAAACCAAGAAGGUCAAGAAAACUUCUAAAAAAUAAGGAGAUUAGGAUAGUUCUUAUAUAAUUUUAUAUUGGGACUACCAUAAUCUUGGUUUAUUUGUAAUUAAAAAUAAAAAAGUUGCGGAAUUA